CCGGAGCGCCUGGUAUGGUAGAGGAGAAACUGCAGAUACAGGCAGACUAACGGAGACACGGGCAGGGAAUUGUCUGUUUUGUUUUCUUUUUAAGUUUUAAAAAUGAUGAAGAAACAGCUCAAUCGGAUGUUACAGCUGGCAAACCACGCCGCGGGAAGAACCGAGAAUUCACUGCUUCUCAGCGAGGACCUCAUCCAGUUUGAGAACAGGAUUGAACCAGCGCGGCGCGCCACAUCCAACACGUACAAGAAGCUGCAGGCCUGCCUUCAAGGUCAACAGGGGUCAGAUCUGGAGAGACGCCUGAAAAAGAUGCCGCUGAUGGUGUUGUCACAGUGUAUGGCAGAAAGCAGUAGAGAGCUGGACAGUGAGUCCUUCAUUCGGAAAAUGUUGGAGGUGUGCUGCUACGUGGAAGGUACUUUGGCGAAGGUGCACGUUGAACACGAACUCCAUCUGGAGAAAGAAAUCCUGGACCCUCUCAUUAAGUUAUCCGAGGAGGAGCUUCCCAACAUUCUCAAACACAAGAAGCAGCUUGCCAAGCUAACGCAGGACUGGACAGCAGCAAAGAAUCGGCUGUCGCAGGCGACCAAGUCAACCAACGCAGGAGCGGCCGCUCAGUCUCAGACGACGAAGGUGGACCUCCUCAAAGAAGAGGUGGAGGAAAUCUGGAGAAAAGUCGAGCUAUCUAAGGACGAGUACGCUGCUGACUUGUAUCACUUUGCCAGCAAAGAGGAGGAAUACUCCAACUACUUCUACUUGCUAAUGGAAGCCCAGGCAGAUUACCACAGGAGGUCACUGAAUGCUCUGGACACCCUGCUGCCGACACUGAAGACCAGCACCAACACACCAGCUGUCAUCCCAAAGAACCCUGCCUUCGGAUGUCCGCUGGAAGAGCACCUGGAGAGCCGAGGGCAGGACAUCGCCCUUCCCAUCGAGGCCUGCGUCAUGAUGCUGCUCGAGAAAGGGAUGAAAGAAGAGGGCCUGUUCCGACUGGCAGCUGCAGCUUCUGUUCUGAAGCGUUUAAAAUCUGCGCUGGACAGUGGCUCCUUCGACCCACAGGAGUUUAAUUCAGACCCACACGCUGUAGCGGGUGCGCUGAAGUCCUAUCUGCGGGAGUUACCUCAGCCACUCAUGACAUUUGAUCUGUACGAUGAAUGGUUUCAAGCUGCCAGUGAGAAAGAUCUUCCUAAGCAGAUAGAACGGCUGAAAGACGUGUGUGCCAAGAUGCCUGCAGAAUUCUACAAGAACUUGCGGUAUCUCAUUAAAUUUUUGGCGAAGUUAGCGGAAUACCGGGAAGUGAACAAAAUGACGCCCAGCAACAUCGCCAUUGUGCUAGGGCCAAAUCUUCUUUGGCCCAGGAAUGAAGGGAAGGUGUCGAUGAUGGAUAUGGCAUCAGCAUCUUCGGUCCAGGUAGUGUCCGUCAUUGAGCCCAUCAUACAGAACGCAGACAGCAUCUUCCCUGAAGAUUUGGAUUUCAGUGUGUCGGGAAUGUUCGGCCCAAGUUCCCUGUAUUCGAGUUACACAGCUCCAAAGAAAGAGACUGUCCCGAUGGAGCCGACACAGACUGCAGCCCCACCGGUCAAGGAGUUCGCAGUGCAGAAGGAAGAGUGCUUGAGCGAGGAACAGCCCUUGGUUCCUCCACCAUCACCGCCCUCGCACAUGGCUGAGGGGCCCAGCAAAGUGGAAGCCCGACCGAACCAGACCCCAUCCGUCCAGGCCGAGGUUACCGCCAGCCAGAAUCCUAACAACUCGGCGAAGAAAGCAAAGAAACCAGGCCCCACCAGACCGUCCUACCCUCCCCCACAGCAGCCGAAAGCCAAUCUGCCAUGGACAUCGAAGCCAGUCUGCAGCACCCUGACCAACACCGGCGAGGAGCGGGUACCUAUCAGCCGCAGAGCCACCACCGGUCCGGUCCGAGUGCCCGCAGUGCCCCCCCCUCCCGUUCCCGCCCCUCGCUCCCACCUGCGGACCACCAGCCUGGACCUGCCCAGCUCGAUGGUGGCAGACGGCCUGCAGCUGGGCUCCAAGGACAAGAGCAAGCAGACGCUGGAGGCCCUGGUCAAGCGGACCAUCCCCGAAACGCUGCCCUCGCACCAGCGGGUGCUGGUCUGCUGGGACAUGCAGCCUGAGGCCACGCCCAGGACCAGGGUCUACUCGGCCGGUCAGGCGAUGAUUUCCGGUGUGAAAUUGGAGAUGAACGGAUCUUCCUCCGAGGACAAAAGUGGUUCCCAGGAGCAGUUACCAGAAGCCACCACAGAAGAGCAGUCAUGAUGAUCAUCAUCCUUCCUGUACUCCCCCCACCCACCCAGUUCCAAAAACAGAACCUAUGAUUGGAGAGCACUGGAGCUCCUGCAAUCCAAAUUAUUUUUUUGGCUCCCCUACCACUCCAGCAUCUAAUGAGAAAGUGAGGAUUUGAGACCUGCCUGUCCUAUUGGUUAGCUCACGCCGGAGAAGCGUCCAAUUGCUUCGGGCAGAUCCUGGUUUUCCUUUUGUCAACGGGGAAGGCCGAAGGUCUGGAGUGAGGGUGGAGGAGACUUGACGGAACCAGCAAUGACCAUGACAAGUGCGAGCAGUCUGUCGCCAGGCAGGAGAAGAGCGUUCCAGUUCAAGACCAACUCCCAUCCCCGGAAAUGUUCUGCCCCCUGGCAUGGGGAUGCAAAUCAGGGACAGAGAUCCGAGGACUGAGUGCGGCCUCUGCCCAGUCUCAGCCAGGGGGUAAAAUGGUGCUGUCCUCAGAUGCAAGACGUUCCAGAGCAUUUCCAGAGUGUGUAGUCACUCCACGAAAGAUUAGCCUUAUUUGUCACACGUACAUCGAAAUGCGCCAUUUGCGUCAACAGCCAACACAGUCCGAGGAUGUGCUGGGGGCAGCCCGCAAGUGCGCCAAAGUAGCAACCCCACAACUUACUGACCCUAGCCUCUGCGUGUUUGGAGUGUGGGAGGAAAUGCACGUCAUCACAGGGAGAACAUUCCAGACUCCUUACAGGCAGCAGCAGGAAUUGAACACUGGUCUUAGCACUGGCAUUGUACAGCGUGGCGCUAGCCGCUACGCUACUGUGCUGCCCGACCCAUUCUCCCGUCGGUGCCGGCGUUUCUGAAGUGGGGGAAGCUCAACUUCUCAGCCACCUGCCUCAGGACAAAGAGUACGACCCCGUGCGCCAGAGCUGGCACCUUGCGGUGAGCGCAGUGGAGCAUUCAGCCCGGUCUCUGCCCGGACUGCGGCGCAGUGAGUGGGCUUCCAGUGAGGGGUGGGACGCCUCUGCCUCCAUCUGCUUCAGCCCUCUGAUCAGAAGUGCCAUCUUCUGUCCCCAGUGGCCCAGGCCUCUUUAUUUUUGUACAAAAAUAUCUCACUGUAAAUACUACAUGAAAAGUGCCUUGUGUAAUUUAAAUAUGUCUGAUGCCACAGUAAUAAAAGAAAUUAGAGUUUU